CCGCGCCCUCGCCAGCCGUCCCCUCGCUGCUCCUCGCGCCCGCGCCCUCGCUGCUCCUCGCCGGCCGUCCUCGAGAGUCGAGGCAGCUGCCCCCACGGGACCCCGCUGGGGACUGGGGAUCCGUCGGGGCCGGGGACGGGGACGGGGACGGAUUUGCCCCCGUUGAGCAUAUCGGGGCCUUAGCGGGGAACGGGAUUCGGGCAUCGGGGUGGGGACGGGAGCUGUGUCCCCGACCUGCCCCGCCCCGUUGCCACCCUGAGUGGCAGGAGUCCUCGCGUGACCUGGGCGGAGCGAUUGGAGCGUCUCGUGGGUGCGCUUGCUGGCCGCCGGUAGGUUGCGUUGGUUGCAGGGCGCGGGUUCCGAGCCUGACUCCAUGGCGCCGUCGGCCGCGGAGGCGGACUCGGCGGCGUCCUCCAGCGGCCGCCUCCUCGUGCUCUACGCCUCGCAAACCGGGAACGCCAUGGACGCCGCGGAGCGCGUCGGCCGCGAGGCGGAGCGCGGUGGCUGCACGGCCGUCGACGUGCUCUCCAUGGACGGCUUCGAUCCCAGUCGCUUGCCGAGCGAGCGGUUCGUGGUCUUCGUCGUGUCCACCACGGGGCAGGGGGAUCCCCCGGAUUCCAUGAAGGGGUUUUGGAGAUACCUGCUUCGGAAGGAUCUGGGCGCGCAAUGGCUUGAGGGGGUCCGUCAUGCAGUGUUUGGACUCGGCGAUUCAGGCUACCAGAAGUACAAUUUUGCCGCAAAGAAGCUUGAUAGAAGGCUUUCACAUCUUGGUGCAGAACAAGUCAUAGAGAUAGGCUUGGGAGACGACCAGCACCCUUCUGGAUAUGAAGGGGCUUUAGAUCCUUGGUUGCUGUCUUUGUGGAAAUCUCUAAAUGAAACUAAUCAGUCACUCUUACCUAGAGUAUCUGAUAUCAAUGAUCCUAAUUUGAGUACUUUGGGGGAUCCAAAAGUUCAUGUCAUAUAUUACUCUUCCAAUGAGGUUCCACAAGAUUCUAUACUUUCAGACCCCAAUAAAAUAAUAAAUAGUGCAAGAACAAUGUCCCCUGCGCUACAGUUUCAUGAUGAUGGAGGGCCACCUUACAUGCUUCAAAUGGUAGCAAAUCAGCGUCUGACUGAGGAGGGUUCUGACAGACAUGUUCGCCACUUUGAGUUGGAAGAUCCAUCCUCUGCCAUCAGUUAUAAAACUGGCGAUGCUCUAGAAAUACUGCCAAGUCAAAAUCCAUCAGCUGUUGAUGCCUUUAUAGAACGCUGUAACUUGGAUCCAGAUUGUUACGUAACGAUUCGAGGGAAAAGUGAGGAUAAAAUUUCCAAUGGCUCAGCUGUGAGUAGCCUGAUGGAUCGCACCAAACUGAAGACCUUUGUUGCUUUGACAAUGGAUAUUGCAUCAGCAUCCCCUCGGCGGUAUUUCUUUGAGGUCAUGAGCUUUUUUGCAACAGCUGAACAUGAAAAAGAGAAACUUCAGUACUUUGCUUCUCCUGAGGGAAGAGAUGACCUUUACCAGUACAAUCAGAAGGAGAGUAGGACUGUUCUAGAAGUGUUGGAGGAUUUUCCUUCAGUUCAAAUGCCUUUUGAAUGGUUGGUGCAACUAACACCUCCAUUGAAGAAAAGAGCUUUUUCCAUCUCAUCUUCCCCAUUGGCACAUCCGAAUCAAAUACACUUGACUGUUAGCAUUGUAUCAUGGCUUACUCCUUUCAAGAGAACACGUCAUGGACUCUGUUCUACUUGGCUGGCUGGGCUCAAUCCAAGAAAAGGCAAUCUUAUCCCGUGUUGGAUACGCCAUGGAUCCCUGCCUCCUCCACAUCCAUCAGUUCCUCUUGUGCUUAUCGGACCAGGAACAGGAUGUGCGCCAUUCCGUGCAUUCGUGGAGGAAAGAGCUGCACAGAGUGUAGCAGAACCAACGGCCCCAGUUCUAUUCUUCUUUGGCUGUAGGAAUGAAGAUAAUGAUUUUCUAUACAAGGAUUUCUGGUUAGCUCAUGCCCAGGACGAGGGGGUGCUGUCCUCCAAAAAAGGUGGUGGUCUGUUUGUUGCUUUUUCCAGGGAUCAGCCUCAAAAGGUCUAUGUACAACAUAAGAUAAAGGAACAGAGUGCAAGAGUCUGGAACUUGUUACUCUCCGGUGCUGCAGUGUACAUUGCCGGCUCUUCAACCAAAAUGCCUGCUGAUGUUACAGCUGCACUAGAAGAAGUUAUCUGUAAAGAACAAGGUGUCAAAAAAGAGGACGCCUCAAAAUGGCUUAGGGCCCUAGAAAGGGCUGGUAGAUUUAACAUCGAGACUUGGUCAUAGUCCAUUGUUGUGAUGCUUCUGAAUCAUUGGGGGCAAGAAAGUACAUACUGUCAGAAUUCCACCACAAAUAUAUUUAUUGGGUAUGAAACCAGGGAGAGUUUCAGUAAAUCACUGGUGUUGAAAAUGUGAAAACAUACAUGUGCAGACAUACAAAGAGUUCAAAUGUUCGUGAAAUAUGAAUCCAUUUGAUGCGGCA